AUGGGGUCGAGAGUCGAGUCCGAAGCUGCGACUGCGGCUUCAGCUUCGGCAUCGCGUCCGAGGCGAAUCCUCUUCAUCGACGCCUACGACUCCUUCACCAACAACAUUGUGUCGCUGCUGAGGACGAUUCUCGGCGCUGAAGUGUUUGUCAUCCGGAUUGACUUGUCGACACUGGAAAAGACCAGAGACGGCGAGGAGAGCGGCCCGGCGCGGUGGACCGAGGCCGAGUUUGUCGAUAACCUCGCUCAGUUUGACGCCGUUGUGUGCGGGCCCGGCCCCGGAUCGCCGCUCAACCCGGCUGAUGUCGGCGCCUUCCGGCUGCUUUGGCAUCUUCCUCCGCAUCUUCAGGUACCGGUGUUGGGUAUUUGCCUCGGAUUCCAGAGCCUCGUUGCCGCCCAUGGCGGAGCGAUUCGCCGUCUCCAGCGCGGGCUGCACGGCAUGGUGAGGGAGAUUGAGCAUCGGGACGACGUGCCGGGGGACAUUUUCCACCGGGUGCCCGACUUCAAGGCGACGCUGUACCACAGCCUCUGCGCCGACAUUGGACAGCAUGACGACCCGGAUAUGCCCUACGACGAGUGGCGACGAUACGCGCGCUGGGCUCCUACGGCCAUGGCCCCGGAGCUGCAACCCCUGGCGUGGACGACGGAGACGCGCGAGGACGGCCGCGGCGAGCGCAUCCUCCAAGGCGUUCGGCACGUCUCGAAGCCGUUCUGGGGACUGCAGUACCACCUGGAGUCGGUGUGCACCGAGCCCGCCGCCCACGCCGUGCUGGAGAACUGGUUCCGCGCGGCCCUGCGGUGGAACGACACGCGCGGGCGGAGGGUCCGCGAUGGCUCGCUGCUGCGGAUCCAGACGCUGUCGCCGCCGAACCACCUUCAGGCCGUAGCCGCGCACAGGCUCCGGGCGCGGAUGCGGGAUGGGGAGACGGCGUGGUGGACGGGCGGAGCGCUGAAUCAUGUUGGACGGGACUGCGAGUACACGCACCGCACGAUUCCGCUGCCGCGUGGAGUUGGCGUGCCGGAGGUCGUCGAGGCGCUUGGCCUGGCGGCCGGCGAAUCCAUCAUUCUCGACUCGUCGAGCUCAAAGAACGGGGACCCGCUGGCGCUGAGCAGCAUCGUGGCGUUGGAGGUGGAGGAGGCAUUGCGCUUCGAGUUCCAUGUUUCCGACAACUUCGUCUCGGUGCGUCUCCCGGGACGAGGUGGCAAUGCGGACCAAGUCGACACGGUCAGCCUCGACGACGGCGCGACCAAUGUGUGGGAGGUUAUAUCGGACUUCUGGGAGGCGCGGAGCCACCCGCCGAACUCAACCGCAACCAACUCGCCAUUCAAGGGCGGGUUUAUGGGAUUCAUCACGUAUGAGAUGGGACUUCAGGGGCUCGACAAGAAUAUGGUAUCUGGGGAGAGGGGGCACAAACGACCCGAUAUCUGCUUAGCCUGGGUUACCAAGAGUCUUGUGCUAGAUCAUAAAGCCGGUGUAGCCCAUGUCCAACACCUGAGGCCCCGAGGUGCAGAUGACGAGUGGCUUGUGUCCAUGUCGGAGAAGAUCCAGAUGUCUCGCGGCUGGCUACGUUCUGGACGUAAUGGCGUCAAUGGACACACUAAUGGACAUGCUAACGGUCGUACCAAUGGUCACACCAAUGGGCACAAAGGUUCGGUUCAGAACGGCCAUUCUGACAACCGCCCGAAGAUACGCACGCCGUGUCCAGCGACAUAUGAGGAGCAAGUGCAGGCUUGUCAGGACGUCAUCGCCGCGGGGGAGUCUUACGAGCUUUGCCUUACCUCCCAGACGACCAUGACAAGGCCGCGAGGACCACAGCUCAGCGUCGCCAACGCCGCUCGGCAAACCAACGUGGCAAACCAACCGAACCACGACGGAAGUCCAUGGCACAUCUAUCAGACUCUACGGAAACGUCAGCCUGCCCCCUUUGGAUCAUUCAUCCGUCUCGGCGGUGCAACUUUGCUGAGCAGUUCCCCUGAGCGGUUUCUGAGUCACAGCAGCAAUGGACUGUGUUCGAUGCGGCCGAUGAAGGGUACUGUCCGCAAGUCGGAGGCUGUAUCAACAGUAGCCCAAGCUGAGAAGAUCCUCCAUAUCCCAAAGGAAGAGGCCGAGAACCUGAUGAUUGUUGACUUGGUUCGGCACGACCUGCAUGGAGUAUGUGGCGUCGGUAACGUCACUGUCCCUGACCUGAUGAAGGUUGAGGAGUAUGCGACAGUCUUCCAGAUGAUCACAGUCGUCAACGGACAGCUCCCGGGCUAUCAAGGGGGCAAGAUUGACGGGAUGCAGCAUGAUACCUUCGACUCUCCCUGCCCUUACACAGGUCUUGAUGCCUUAGCCGCGGCGCUUCCGCCGGGUAGCAUGACGGGGGCGCCCAAGAAACGCAGCUGUGAGAUCCUGCAGGUCAUCGAGGGGCACCAGGAACGUAGCCUGUACUCGGGUGUCGUGGGGUACAUGGACGUCACAGGGGCUGGGGAUUGGAGCGUCACGAUCCGGACCAUGUUCCGCUGGGAUGACGAGGAGGCCCCCGCAGAUGAGGCGGCCGGUGAGACGGAACCACGGGAUGUGUGGCGGAUCGGAGCCGGAGGCGCCGUGACGAUAUUGAGCACACCCGAGGGAGAGCGGGAUGAGAUGUUUACGAAACUUGCGGGACCGAUGGGAGUCUUCCGAGAUACGGCUUAG